AGUAUGCUCUGAUGCAGUAGUGUUGUUGCGUCAGCUGAUAAUGGAUGUGUCAUCAUCUACGCGCUCGGUCGAGGAUUAGCAGUUAGUCGGCGUUUUGCGGUGCGAUGGUUCGGAGUGAUUCGCAGCCGGUCGGUCGGUCGUAGUAGCUUUUUUUUUAAAGAUUAUAUACGUAUUUAAGAAGAAAGCAACAGAUAGAAAAGACGAUAUUUUUUUAUUGCAUGGCGGAUUAUGUCCUCCAUGAAGAGCGUAAUCAUCACCCUGCCUAAGGAAUUGUCGAAGACAUUUCCGAACGAGUUGUCGUUUAAUAACGCGUGGGCACCCAAAUUGAACUUCGCCACAUCGAUCUUGUCCGAUAAAACGACAAGGAUGGAUUCUGCCAUCAGAAAGGUGGUCACCACCAAGGAAGAGGAGGCGCGCGACGUCAAACCCGCGGAAACCAGCGUACGCGGCAAGAAACGUCGACUGGAUCAUUUGACGUGGGAGGAAAAGCUGCAGAGAAAAAAGCUGAAGAACCGGGUAGCGGCACAGACUUCAAGGGAUCGCAAAAAGGCCAAGUUAGACGAGUUAGAAGAAACAGUACGAACGUUGAGAGAAAGAACGGAACAACUCACACAGCAGUGCACGAUGUUAAGCUCGCAGAAUGAGAAAUUAAUGACCGAAAACAAAAGGCUCAGAAGCGAGAUAGACGUUGUCAGAGAUCAGCAACAGCAGUACUGCUCCCUAUGUCAGUCUCGUGUCGGCUGCGCUGUACCUUCAACCGGAUCUGCAGUAUCCAUCAACCCUCUGCCGCAGGGUGGAACAGCACAGCCGGCAUCGUGUGACAAUGACGCCAGGAGCAGCCGUCCUGUUGAAGAUUAUGACUUUCUGUCUACUUUGGAAGAGCUAUUCAGAGAUCUCCCGGGAGACGACUGUGAAAAACUCCAAGAACUGGCCGAAAGCCUUAUGCAAGAAGUUCCCGCCGAAGUGGAAGCAAAUACUCAGAGAUCAAAUGAACAAACAACCCUUGAGGACGAUUCCGUUAAGCAAUCUGAAUAUUCAGAUGCAAUGGUGGGGCAGGCAUCAGAAAAUGUGGAAGCCGGUCGAACCAGUGAAGGCGUAAAUGACAUCACUUAUCUGGGUGAUAUAGACCCACAUUCUGUUGUUUGCAACACAACGAGCACGGGAUCGUUGAAAUCGGUCAAAGCCGAGAUCAAGCAGGAAUCCGAGAUAGCGCCGGAAACCGUCUACGGCACGUACGACGAAGCAACCAAUUCCAUCACUAUCUUCUACGGCGAAGAGAACGGCGGUUGCGUGAGCAUCCAGGAGUGCGUGCAGGAAGUUGUGAGCACCGGAGAACAGCAGUUGGAGAGCAGCGGCAACGUCUGUCCUGUCGUUGAAGACGCCGGAGUUGCCACGCAUCUCACCGUUCCCACGGUGGCCAAUCACACGGCCGGCUAUCCAACGCAAUUCUCACCCACGUACAGAGAUGCCAUGUCACCCGCGACGAGCGACGUCUACUCGGACGCGGACAGUUCAGGUGUUUUCACCGCGGGUUUUCACGCGACAAAACUGGAUUGCUCAAGUCCGGACGGUGGUUACGAGUCGCACGACUCGCCGGACUCGCGUCAAUCGAAUCUUCUGACCGAUCUCGGUAUGGAGAACUUCACCGAGCUGUUUCCCGAACUGCUGACCUGACAAUUCUCGCGAAGGCGAGCUGCCGUUAGCCGAAUCGAAGCAAUCGCGAAGUCGCAUAUUCAAUACAUUUUUGAUAGUACGGGAAAAGCGAGCGACGCGAGAAGUAGAAUAUCGCGCCGUUGAGACGAUGUUUCCUACACAUCACAAUAAAUCCUAAAAAAAAGUCACAUUUUUGUAAACAAUAUAUAAAAGAUAAAGGAGAAAAAAGAAAGCUAUAUACCGAAAAUAUAUAAUAUAUAUAAUGCCGAACAGUUCUCGUAUCGCACUUUGAAUAAAAAGUUCUAAAAUUGUUUUUUACUAGAUUUUUUUACAGCAGUUUUUUUUUACACUCGAAUAUUUCACGAGAAACACGAGGUUAAAGAGAGACUAAUUGUAAAUAUUUUAUAAGCUCGAGAUAUAGAAGAAUAUACACAAAAUAUUAAGUUAAUAAUAAAAAGUCUAUAUUAUAACGUGAAGUUAUAUAGAAACAAAUUAAAUCUCUUUAAAUGAUUUCCAACAAGAUAUUCUCUAGCACAAAAAAAACAGCACUGUAUAGAUAUAAUUCAAUAUUAACAUUAACGUGAACUUUUUUUCAUUUGGUGUGUUUUGUACCUAUGUGUUUGAAAAUUUAUCAAGUGUUUUUUCGAUAUGUCGAGAAGAUUGAGUUUAUAUAUACAAACAAUAUUGAUACACACAUUUACACACAGAGAUAUCUAUAUAUGCGAUGUUUAUU